AGGCCGGGUGGCCGGGUGCCGGGCUUGUAGCUGGAGCUCCAUGUCCAGUUGUGUCUCCCCACGAUGUUGCCCUCCCGGAGGAAAACAGCGCAGCUGCCCUGGGAGGAUGGCAGGGCCAGGUUGCUUCCUGGAGGUCUCCGCCGAAAAUGUUCCAUCUUCCAUCUCUUCGUUGCCUUUCUCCUGUUGGUCUCCUUCUCCCUGCUCUGGCUGCAGCUCAGCUGCUCUGCAGACAUGGCCCAGGUUGCCAGGGGGCAAGGACAGGAGACCUCGGCUCCCCCCCGGGCUUGCCUCCCUGAGCCUCCCCCUGAGCACUGGAAAGAAGAUGAGUCCUGGGGGCCUCACCGCCUGGCAGUGCUGGUGCCCUUCCGGGAACGCUUUGAGGAGCUGCUAGUCUUUGUGCCCCACAUGCACCACUUCCUAAGUAGGAAGAAGAUCCGGCACCACAUCUACGUGCUCAACCAGGUGGAUCAUUUCAGGUUCAACCGGGCAGCACUCAUCAAUGUGGGCUUCCUGGAGAGCAGCAACAGCACAGACUACAUCGCUAUGCAUGAUGUUGACCUGCUCCCUCUCAACAAGGAGCUGGACUACGGCUUCCCGGAGGCCGGGCCCUUCCAUGUGGCGUCCCCAGAGCUUCACCCCCUCUACCACUACAAGACGUAUGUGGGUGGCAUUCUGCUGCUCUCCAAGCAGCACUACCAGCUGUGCAAUGGGAUGUCCAACCGCUUCUGGGGCUGGGGCCGAGAGGACGAUGAAUUCUACCGACGCAUCAAAGGAGCUGGCCUCCAGCUUUUCCGCCCCUCGGGAAUCACAACUGGGUACCAGACAUUUCGUCACUUACAUGACCCAGCCUGGCGGAAGAGGGACCAGAAACGCAUUGCGGCUCAAAAACAGGAACAAUUCAAGGUGGACCGGGAGGGAGGCCUGAACACUGUGAAGUACCGGGUGGAUUCCCGAACAGCGCUGUCUGUAGGAGGGGCCCCCUGCACUGUUCUCAAUAUCCUGCUGGACUGUGACAAGACAGCCACCCCAUGGUGCAUAUUUGGCUGAGGGCUAAACUGUAAGGAAGCGAAGCCUAUGCUUCCAGACCUCAACGCUGCUCAGGCUCAGGAAACCUCGGCCAUAGGCCCAGCUCAAGUGAAUGCAGAGCGGCCUGAAGGAAUAGCCAGCCAGUCUGCGUCUUCAGCAAACUGGCCUCCAGAGUCACGCUCCAGACAGGACACAAGUAGUUCCUGGGAUGCUGCUGGAAAAGUUUGUCAGAGCUGACUGACAUUCUCCACCCUCCCUCCUGCUUACCCUGCUCUGCCUGCCUACCCAUGCUGAGGCCUGAGGCAAUGGGAAGAUGGGCUAGGAUAGCCUCAGCAGCCUGUCUGCUCCUCCAGAAGAAUAGCCUCAUGCAAAGAUGCAGUCAGAAGCCACAUAGUGUGUUUGGCAGCUGCUACCGGGAAGCUUAGAACGUCAGAACAUGAGCCCAUGGAAAAGGAGCAGCCAGCACUAGGGAUAGUGGCUGUCACAUCGAGGAACGGGACCUGUGUCACCAGAUCUCACUUUUCACAAGAAACUAGAAUGCUGGAUUCUUGAGCAGAAUUUCCUGAUUUUUAAAUGGUAGCAACUAACUAAAACUUUAAAAAGAUAUGGCAGGCCAAACAAAAUGUUUUGUGGCCACUGGUUUCUCAACCUUUGGCUGCUAAGAGGGGAUGGUGCAAAAGGUGGUGCUCUCAGUUCUAUGCUGACAAGGAAUUAGAUCUGUGUAGGGGCAAGCUGGCAGGUGUAGAUGGGAAGAAAAGCCAAAGGCAUGGGUUCCUUCACUUCCCUGACCUUCCAGGCUCACUGGGAAGCCCGAUAAUCUUCUGGAUUUGUCUAGUUGAGCUCUGUCCUUGAUGUGGUGCUCCAUCCUGCCUUACUAGAAAAUAGGCAGAAGGAAGGUAACUGAAGAAAUAGAAGCACAGGACCGGAUGGGUUGUGCAGUGAGAAUUCUAGAAUUUUGUUUCCUUUUUGUUGUUGUUUGUUUUAAGACAGGGUUUCUCUGAGUAACAGAUCUCUGGCUGUCCUGGACUCACUUUGUAGACCAGCCUAGCCUUGAACUCACAGAGAUCUACCUGACUCUGCCUCCCUGAGUGCUGGGAUUAAAGGCGUACGCUACCAUGCCCAGCAAAAUUUGGUUUCUUUAUAAAACACAGAAAUAAAAGAAUUCAUUUUUAUUAUAAUCUCAAAUGUGGGGAUAUGAGGCUGCUUUGCAGCAGCUGACUUAAGAUGUGCUUCAUGCUGUAGCAGAGGUGUGGUUUUGCCAGCUGCAAAUAGUUUGUGUGAUUAUGUGACAUUUGGAAUUCUGGGAAUAGUUCAGAGGGUAUAUCAAUGCUAGAACUCCAAUAGGUUGGUAGUUGGUGGUUCACGGGGGUUGGUUGCAGUAUGUUAGUAGUCAUGCUCAAAGAAGAAACAGGAAGAAAGAAAUUAGAUUUAAGGAUCUCUAUCUCUCUCCCAUCUAUCCUUCUUUCCUAUUUAAUGACAGGGGGUGAAACUGGGGAGGUGGGAAAAAGAAGAACCCACAGAGGAGCAAAGACCAGCUAUAAACAAAGGAGAAACAAGAAGAAAGAAAUUAGACUCAAGGAUCUCUAUCUUUCUCUAUUUUCCUCUAUCCUUUCUUUCCUACCUUAGUGAUAAGGACUGAAAUGGGGGUAAGGGAAAUAUGGGGUGGAAAAAAAAGAACCCCCAAAUGAGCAAACCAGCUACAAGCAAAGGAGAAAGAAAUUAGAUUCCAAGAUCUCUACCCUGUCCUCCUUUCUCUCCUUUCUAGUGAUUGGAGUAAUGGGGGAGCAAUGGGUGGAAAAAGAAAAACCCACAAAGUAGCUAAAUCCAGCUUCAGGGUGGACAUGGCAGCUUGGAGUGGAGUCAUGCUCCUGAGGUGGGAGAAACUGAGGAGAAAUUGCAGAACACCUAGAAUAUUCUCAUAAUUGGAAUGAAGGAUAGGUGGUGAGGUAGAACAAGGGAUUGGGGAAGCCUAGUGUUACUCCUUCUGGGCAAGAACACUCCCAUAACUUUUUGAGCCAAAUUUGAAGCAAACUUUAGUAAAUACUUGCCAGGACAAUGGACACUGGACAGGUGGGAUUCCCAGAGAAUGGCUGCAAAUCACACUAAUUAGAGGCUUAUAAAGACAAAACUCACAAGGCUAUGUACCUCCCAGGUUUGUCCAAUCAAGGAUAAGCAUAAUCCUGAUGUACUUCUGUGUACCUCCUGCCUAGCUGUGAUCAAUCAUGUCCUGUGGGAAUAACCAAGAUUGUUUACGGAAGCAAAAAUACAUGGCUUGUUACCU